AUGACGUGUCCGUGCUUCUCCAAAACGUACACCCGCGCCCCCACUACGCCUCCGCUGCAUGGCGUUCUGAUUAGCUGUGCGGGGCUACAGCGUCGUCUGCUCGAGUGGAGUCGGCUCUUGCGCUUUGAGCCGUACGCCGACGCACCCAUGUGGGUGCGAGACCGGCCAUCGUCAGCGCAAGACAGCGGCAGUGGCGACGAUGGAGAAGACGCCUGCGCCGUGGAGGCACCCGUAUCGAGACCACGUGGAAAGACCUCCGCUAGCAGAAGCCCCGACCACGACCCUCCUGAACCCGAUCGGCUCGGAAAUACGCGCCGGUGUACCUGCGGACAGUGCGUGCCGAUGCCCACCACUCUUGAGAGCAUCUGCUGCCGCGAAAUCCAGGCAGCGAUUCGAAGGCAGCCGUCUGGGUGCAUUACAGAGAACCCGCAUUUUCACACGUUGUGCCUUGACGAGGUAGUGCUCGGCGUAGUCCUUCAAAUGUAUGAAGACCAUGGGCUGCUAGUCAAGGAAACAGGGUAA